UGUUUUAGUGAAGACAUGGAUGUAAGGGACAUAGUUUCCAACGCUCAGAUUUACAAAUUCCCUAACAACCCGACACCCAGCCAUGAGAUCCCGCAGGAGCAGCACAAUGCAGGUGCCGCCAUCGGGGGCGCUGUGGGGGGAGUUGUCCUGUUGGGCGUGGCGGCCGUACUGCUCUUCGUAUUCCUGCGCCGCCGCCAGCGCACCUUCAAAGGAGACUACAGCACCAAGAAACACGUGUUCGGUAACGGGUACAGUAAGGCUGGCGGCCUGCCCACGCACCCUCCCAUCCCCAAGAACCUUCAGUACCCGGACGAUUCGGACGACGAGAAGAAACCCUCCCAGAUCAGCGGCCCCGGAGGGUUUGAGGCAAGCGAGCGCGAUUUUGAUGCAGAGCAAGAGGACCUGAAGAGGCCCUAUUUCACUGUGGAUGAAGGAGAGAGCCGAGAUUAUGACGAGCGGACUCUGGCUUUCCAGUAUGACCCCGAACCUGAGAUAGCCGAUGAUAUGAUCUCUCAAACCGACGGCUCUGUCAUUUCUAAGAAAGAGUGGUAUGUGUAGUGGCAUGCGUAAACCAAACCAAACCCUUCGUCCUCCACCUGCAUUCCACUGCACCCUUCACCUCCAUCACGACCCCACCCUCCCAUUCGUCACACUGCACCCUUCACUCCUCUUUUGGUCAACCUAGUACCCCCUCCCCCCCCUUCCCCCCACACCAGACCCCAUCCAACUAAUCUCAACUAGAAAAUCAAGCGUCUAUUUAAAGUGCUAGCAACGUCAACUUCUCAACAUGACAGCAUUGGCAUCAGUUCCAUCAGGUGACUGGGCAAAGAAUGCAAACUAAGGUAUGUAAACAGGCUCGUCGUCGAGUCCAGGGAGGUGAUUGGUUGAUUAAUACUGGUGUAAUAUUCUUUUUUUUUGUGUAUUUUUUCAUGUUCUAAAUGUAUUAAAUGUAUAAAAAAAGACUGCAGGUUGAGGUUUUGCUGAGCACACUUGUGAAAGUCCUACACUGGAUGUGCAAUUUUGUUUGUUUUUUCGUAUUUUAAUACCAUUGCCGUUUUGUUGUUUUAAUAAUGUCUUUUUGUAUGAUUUUUAAGUGACCAGAGAAUUGAGAGUUAAAUGUUUGACAUAAAUACAGGUGGAGCUCUAAGUGUUUGUAGUUCUGUGGUCAAAUGUUUUAGAGAAAGGAAAAAAAGAAAAAAAAAUGCCAUACAGCGCCUGUAUCAUUUCUUACUGGUGUUAGUGUCCAUGAAAUUACUCAUUUUUCUAUAUUUAGAGCAUUUAAAAGCAAUGUGUUUUUGCUGUUUUCCAAAGACAUGCUUAGUAUGUCUUGACCCCUCUUGUGUUUAUAGAUUUGGUUGAGAGGGAGUCAGUCUACUGAGCCAUGUGGCAGAGAUAUAUUUUCCAUUUUUUUCCCUAAAUUUCAAUCAAUUAGUUUCCACAUCAGUGAAUCAGAAUAACAGGGGAGAGAAGGGCUGCAACACUUUUCACUUUUCAGUGGUGCAUCACAAUCACGUCCAGAAGAGGUUUGGUGAGUCUCCACAGAAACCUUCGAUAAUGCUCUGAAAUGUCAUGUUUGUCACUCGACUUGAACAGGUCGACGUGUGUAUGCGAGCUCUCAAUCUUACCACUAUAAUGAAACGUGCUGUUUAUGUUGACUUGUCAUCAUUAUGUUUUGUUUCUAACCCAUUUUUUAUCAAAUGGAUGUCAGAGAAAAGUGUCAGGGGAGUUUCCCAAUAAUGACUCUGUCUCUCCUUAUAAUUAUGUGACUGUGUACUAAAGAAUUGGCCUAAGCCUCCCCCGCUUACACCAACAGCAUUUUCUAUGAGGAAUCUUCUGUGGACACAAAGAACACUGAUAGGAGCAAAAUGUCAACAGAUUCUUUUAGAAAACAUUUUAACAUGUAAAGGGAAAAUAUGAUGGUGGCCAUGCUGGAGUAUAAAAAGUCACCUGCUGCUUUCAUGAUGUGUAUUUUUUUUUCAUUUUUUCUUUCUGAAAUGAAUUUCAGUAGUUGUUUGAGGGAUUUUAAAGUAAUGAAUGGUUGUCCUUCUCUUAACGUUGGUAUCUGAAUAUGCCAGUAAGGCCGUCAGAGGGCAUUAUAUGUGGCUGGCUUUUUGAAUCACUGUUAACAGUGCCAGUGGAUGCUAGCAUAGCAAAGAGACGUGUUUCUCUCCUCAGCGUUGAGGUCCAUUACACAAUCAGCAAAAUGCAUUUGCUUAGAACAAAAAAAAAAGUUUUAAUGUGACAUAUCGGACAAAACAAAAACAAAGGAGCAAAUCCGUGGAUAUAACCAAUACAUUUGACUGGCUCUGAACAAUAUAAAUACUAUAUUAACCCUUAUUUUAUGCAUGUUUUUUGUGUUGGGAGUGAAUGUG